AUGGAUGCACCACACUUUAACAAAGGGAAGGUGGAAACAGAGUUGGAAAAUUUGCAGAAAGAGAACCAAAGGCUUAGAUUAUUGUUAGAAGCAAUGAGCAGCAAGUAUAAGCUAGAUUUUCAGAUAGUUAAAGAUGGUUUUCAAUGGAGGAAAUAUGGCCAGAAAGUUACUAAAAACAAACCCUCACCCCGAGCUUAUUUCAAGUGCUCUGUGGCUCCUGGAUGUCCGGUCAAAAGAAGGUUCAGCGAUGCGUGGAGGAUGAAUGUGAUGGCAACAUAUGGACAGCACAAUCAUGAUGUUUGUUCUACAUCACCAGGAGGACAAUCAUUGUCUUCUUCGGCAACUAAAUUUCCUUAUGCUUUAGCCGCUGCAGUUGCCCGCUCCCGAACUGCUGGACUGCCUAAACCAUCAAUCUCAUUAACUUGA